GAGAAGGACGCCCAAAAACCGACGGCGAUCCUAAGGUUGCCCCCGACACGUUGUCGUUCACAUAGUGGUCUUCAGUCGUCGGAGAGAAUCUUUGAGGAUACUGCCAAAACCUUUUGUCACUUCUUGACAAUCCUUGAUUGCAAACGCCUUCGAGUCGAGCGAAGUCAACACCGCAACUUUCUCUUCCGACCUGGAACAAAUUUCAUUGUCCGAGUGACUGCGUCCCGCAUUUGCCGGGUUUCUGGGGAAGAGAGGAAGAUGUCGAGUUCUCAGUGUUUUGAGAACCCACCGGACCUGAGCUCGACUUGCGGAGUGGGGCGUGUUGAAGAGCUUGCAGGGCUCAAGACUUACGUCACUGGCCCUUCCGAUUCCAAGCGUGCUGUUAUUCUCAUCGCCGACGUUUUUGGGUAUGAGGCUCCUAAGCUGAGAAAACUUGCAGAUAAGGUCGCAUCAGCUGGAUUCUUGGUGGUUGUACCUGAUUUCUUGUAUGGAGAUCCCAUUGAUCUCAGUAAUCCUAAUUUUGAUAGAGGAGCUUGGAAGAAAAUUCAUAGCACGGAUAAAGGGUAUGAAGAUGUGAAGCCAGUGAUUUCUGCACUUAGGAGUAAAGGCAUGUCCGCCAUUGGGGCUGCAGGAUUUUGUUGGGGAGGAAAGGUACUAGUGAAAUUAGCAGGCAUUGAAGACAUUCAAGCAGCAGUUAUUCUGCACCCUGGUCAUAUGACUGAAGAUGAAAUCCAAGCUGUCAAGAUUCCAACUGCCAUAUUGGGAGCCGAGAUUGACCAUGCUUCCCCGCCUGAAGAACUGAAAAAGUUUGGGGAGAUCAUGUCAGCUAAAACUGAAUUUGAGAGUUACGUGAAAAUAUUCCCUAGUGUUAGUCAUGGAUGGAGUGUGAGGUAUGACGACAACAACGAUUUUGCUGUCAAGAGUGCUGAAGAGGCCCAAAAGGACAUGUUGAAUUGGUUUUUGAAGCAUGUCAAGUGAAGAGAAGGAAUUUUCGAAGAAUAUAGUGAGGGAUGCAGUAGACGACUGCAUUGUGUGAGAGAUGAACAAGUUGAGGACUGGUCAUCUGUUUAGGACUAGUGAUCUACUGUAAUAUUCGGCGAGGAAACAGCAUACUGUACUGUCGUUCCGUAGACAAUAAGAUAAGCGGUUUCGUCCCUCAAACUUUGAAGAUUGAAAAUAAAAUAUGUCGCGUCGAGUUGUAUCAUGCCGAUUUGGAUGCAUUUCUGGUCCAAAUUGACUGGAGGUGUUCGCUGUCAACUAGACGAGGACCACAAGGGGAAUAUAGAAUAGCAUAUUCUUUCUUCA